AUGGCCAAGAAGGGACGCAAGAGCAAGAAGCAAGCUGUAGAGGACGAAGAGACUUGGGCAAAGAGCAAUGCUAAGGCUUUAUUGAAAGAUGAUAUCAUCUCCGGCAGACUGAAUGGCAUGAUGCCACAACAAAUCCACCAAUCUCGCCCCGAAUUUCUUGCGUAUGGUUUGAGCCAAUUUCGAAGCAACUACUACACUCUUCGAGAUGCUGUUGCAAAGAAUUUCAAUCGGAUGGCAAAGGACUGCAUGUACUUUGGAAUGGAUAUGAGUUUGAUGAAGCAGCUACGGGCAAAUAAUCCACAAGAAAAGAUUCCUUGGCACAGGUCCCCGGCAAAAAAACUACUCGAAAUCGACAUCGCGACUGGCAUCCAUCUGCAGAUUGACCCAGAGACUGGCAAGAAGAGGAAACCAUUAUCAAUCUACAAGUCUAGAGAGGAGUACCAAGACCACGAUCUCAAAGUGUUUCGAAAUCACAUCUAUCAAGAGAUCAAGAGGCUCGAAAAGAGAGAGAGCAAUUUGCGUUUUGAAAAGAAAAAGUAUCGGGUUCGAACUAUUAUUGCGGUGGAAGAUGCCAUUGAUUUGGUGCAGAGAGGAGAAAUGAAAGAGUCAGAAGAAGCAGUUAAGAGGAUGGUGGAAAAGCAGCAAGAAGAAGCCGACAAUGAGCAGCAGCAAGAAGAAGCCGACAAUGAGCAGCAGCAAGAAAAAGAUGACAGGUCAGCAAUCAGCGUCGCAACUGGUGGCAGCAGCACUGCCUCAAAGUCGUCUAGCAUUUUAGCAAGGAAAAGAGCUGCAGCAUCUAAAAAGAGGGCGACAGCUGUUCCUUAG